AUGUCCAAACUCUCUAACCUGGACUUCAUGACCCUUGACAUUACUGGAAAGAACUAUUUGUCGUGGAUUUUGGAUGCAGAAAUGCACCUUAGUGCCAAGACUUUGGGAAACACUAUUGUUCAGAAUAACAAAGAAUCCCCCGAGAAUCGCAGCAAAACCUUAAUUUUUCUCCGUCAUCACCUUGACGAGGCUUUGAAGUCCCAAUAUCUUACGAUGAAAGACCCGUACACUUUGUGGACAGAGCUGAAAGAUCGUUUUGAUCAUCAGAAGACAGUGAUUUUACCUCGUGCAAGGUAUGAGUGGAUGCAUCUGUGCCCCCAAGACUUCAAGAGUGUAAGUGCAUACAAUUCAACACUUUUUCAAAUUGUCUCUCGUUUAAAACUAUGCGGUGAAACAGUUACUGAUGUUGAUCUUUUGGAGAAGACUUACUCCACCUUUCAUGCUUCAAAUAUUUUGCUUCAACAACAAUAUCGUGAAAGGCAGUUUAAGAAAUAUUCAGAGAUUAUCUCUUGCCUUCUAGUAGCUGAGCAGAAUAAUGAGUUAUUACUCAAGAACCAUCAAAAUCACCCAGCAGGUUCAAUAGUUUCUCCAGAGAUGAACGCUACAGAAACUCAUGUCAAUGCUGCUGAAAGCCAUGGGAAAGAACAGGGACGUUCGUUGGGUCCUAAAAAGCCCAACUUCAAGAAGAAGGCUGGUAAUAAUUCCCAUUAUCAGAAGGAGAAGAAGAAAGUGUUUCCAAAACACAAAGGCAAAAUCUCGCAAAGUCAUUCAAAGCACCAUGAAAGUGUUUGUCACCGUUGUGGUUCACCAGGGUACUGGGAAAAUGUUUUCCGUACUUCAAGGCACCUUUUGACCUUUAUCAGGCGUCUAUUAAAGGAAAGGAAAAGAAGGCUGGAACCAAUUUUUCCCAAUAUGACAUACCAAUGGAUAUUUCCUAUCUUGAUAUUUCUGAUUCAAGAAUGA